UUCUUUGCCCUACACUCGGAACUUCCUCUCUCAGAGCUAGGGUUGUUGCAGGAGGCGAACCAGGUGAGCUACCAGAACUCCGGUAAAAAAUAUGGCUGCACCGAUCGAGUCGGUCCAGUGUUUCGGCCGGAAAAAGACGGCGGUGGCGGUGACGUACUGUAAGCGCGGUAGGGGUUUGAUUAAGAUCAAUGGGUGCCCAAUCGAACUUGUGGAGCCUGAGAUCCUCCGUUUCAAGGCUUAUGAGCCCAUCCUCCUCCUUGGACGACACAGGUUCUCUGGAGUCGACAUGCGCAUCAGGGUCAAGGGUGGUGGUCACACCUCGCAGAUUUACGCCAUUCGUCAGAGCAUAGCGAAGGCCUUGGUCGCGUUCUACCAGAAGUACGUGGAUGAGCAGAGCAAGAAGGAAAUUAAGGAUAUCCUCGUCAGGUACGAUAGGACCUUGCUAGUCGCGGAUCCCCGACGUUGCGAGCCCAAGAAGUUUGGUGGUCGUGGAGCUCGUGCGAGGUUCCAGAAAUCUUACCGUUGAACCCAAUAUAUCCCAUUUUGGAAAAGACUUUGUUAUGGUUUUUGGCUUGCGGUUCUUUUUUAUGCUUUCGAAUUUACAAGGUUUUUUUUGGUUUAACCCUUUAAUCUGUUCUCUCAUAAAAUUAGAAUUUUUGUCGUAAUGAUUUAGACUCUUUUUUGCAAUUAUAUUAUUCGGCAUUGGAAUGCUCUUAGCUGAUUAGUAGCCUGGAUCUACAAUAGCAGUUUGAAUGGUGUUACUUUUCUC